AUGAUGAAGUUCUUGGGUCUGGCCGUCUGCCUUGUCGUGGUUAUCGUGGAGAGCACGCUUGCACAGAACAACCAGUAUCUUCCCCCGGACAAGGGCUACGCUUAUGACAAGCCCAACCAGCCGUUCCCAUCAUCGCCUCAGCCCCAGAACAUUCCGCGCCCUCAGCCUACUCCCGGACGCCCUGCACCUUCAUACGGACCACCGCCGGCGCAAGACGACCACCAUCACGAACCAGGAAUGCCGUUCGACUUCCAGUACAACGUGAACGACAUCGAAACCCAGAACGACUACUCGCACAAGGCGGUCAGUGACGGAGAUGUGACUCGUGGCGAGUACCGCGUCCAGCUUCCCGAUGGACGAACGCAGGUUGUGCGCUACACGGCUGAUUGGAAGAACGGUUACAAUGCUGAAGUGACGUACGAAGGAGAGGCCAAAUAUCCGGAAGGUCCCGGCCAGGGUGGAGCUAAUGCCGGAGGCUACAAAUACUAG